GGGCAAAUAAACAAAACACGAAACAAUAUACAAAGAACCUUAGAGAAUAUUGUGAGAGUAUUGUGAGGAAUGUUUUUUAUGUUCAACUUAGUGUGAGCAAAAAUAAAAACCACUUGCCUGAAUAGUUAAAAAAUUUAAAUUCCGAAAAGAUACAAAAAGAUUAAACUAUUUGCAUAUAAACACUACUAAUUAUUUUUUUUUAUGUUUAAGUUAGUGUGAACAAAAAAUAAAAAUCAUUUGCUCAAAUAAUUUAAAAGUCCAAAUUCCACAACGAAAUUACGAAAAGAGAACACUAUCGUGUAUAUAAACAUUAUUAUUUAAAAAAUUAUAUUGUAUAUUUUUAUAAAUAAUAUUUUUUCUUUUUUUCUUUAUUUUUUAUUUUUUAUUUUAUGAUUUAUAUUUAUAUUUAUAUUUUAAAAAUAUUUUUUUUUGUUAUUUUGUCUUCUUCAGAAUAUAAUUAACCAUCGGAAAACUAUAUUAACUUAUAUUGUACACACUAAAGAAUGUCACAGUAUUCUGAAAUAUGAAAGAAAACAAAACUUAUGAAGUAUAUACUGAAAUAUAUUUUUUAUUGUAUCAUAUUCACAUGGUUAAUUUUAUAUAAUAAAAAUAAUUUUCUGAAGAAAUAAUAUACCUAGUUUCUACGAUUUCUUACAAUCCAACCUGGAAAAUAAAGAAAGUCAGCAUGUAUCACAACUUUUGGAAGACAUCUUACUUCAAUCAAAUUCCCACUUUUCAUUUUUCUUUCACAAAUUUUAUUUUGAGAUAGUGAGACGAUCCAAAGACCGAUUGUUUCUUGAAGUUUCCCAAUCUACGCAGAAACAAAGCAGUGUAUCAGUGUCGUGAUAAAUUUUAUAUAUCCUACGCAAACAAUUAAACUUAUGUAGAGGAAUUAAAAUACCUCUGAUCGUGCAAGCUUAAGCUCAGCUACUAGAGCAAGGAUGAGUUCAAUAGAAGGCGUGUCAUCAUAUUUAUGUGCCAACAUGAACCCUUCUAAAGGUGGUUUCUGCCGCAAACUGAGCAACCACUGAUGCUCUCUAUUCCGUAUUAGUUUUCUGGAUUUAUAAAUUCUGCAACAUUGUUAUUUUUGUGUAAUUUUAGUAUCAAAAUUAAAAAUGUAACAUAGCAAGCAAAGGAAAGAUUUUGGAGAAAUGCUUUCGAGAAUGGAUUCAGUCAACUUAAUCUCCCUAUCCAACUUACCAAAAUCCUCAGUAGCUAAUGUUCACAAAUCACACAUAAAGGAAAAAAAUCAAUCCACAAGAUACUGAAAGCUCACAACUUGCAAUUGAAAACUGAAAAUCCCACCGCCUUGCACGAAGAAGCUCGCAUUCAAGAUAGAUCGUAGAUGAUGAUUUAAGAAUGAAUUUAAGAUGGGGAAUCUGUAACUGGUAGAGAUUGAUAAUAAGAAGCUGAAACAUCUCAUGGUUCUGUUUCAUUCUCAAAUGGCGGAGAAGAAGCAAAAAGAAACCCUAAUACGUAGAGAUGGGACACCUGUCACGUCUACAGAAGCCGACUUUCUGACGUGGCGUCUGACGUGUCUCAAGCUGGAGAGAGUAAACAGGUUUAUAUAUAGAUAUAUAUUCUAGUCAUUAUGUAUAAUUUGAACCAUUCUAAAUAAUUUCUCUUUAAUUUAUUAGAAAUAAAAAGUAGUCAGCUAAAUCGAAUAAGAAUUUAAAAUUCAAAACUGUAGCCAAAUAUUAAAUGGGUGUCAAUAUUGUUUUGUGAUAUCACAUGUGUUUGUUUAUGUAUUCAUAUUUGAUUAACUAUAAUGAAAAUAUGAUUGUUUAUAUAUUCAUUUUAUGCUAACUCAAAUAAUGAUAAAACAUUUUAAAACUAAAAUGAUACAACAUGAGUGUGUCACGAUCCAGCCUACGGAUUCUGUUAAAGUAAUACCAAUUAUUCGGUUAUCUCUAAUUGUUAUUGGUGAUUUACAUUAGUGGUCAAUUAAUUAUCUCAAUAAUUGUUAAAAUCAAUUAUUAUCUCCACACGCUAAACCUUAAACCUAAAACCCAACCAAAAUUCUAAACAUUAGACAAUAUACCAAUAUGAUAAACUAAACACGCUAUUCUUAAACCAUAAACCCAAACCCAUAGGAUAAACCUAAACCCAAGUGAUAAACUUUAAACCAAAAGGAUAAGCCCUAAACCCAAAAUUCAAAAGAUGACCCUAAACCUAAAAAAUAAACCUUAAAUCCAAACCCAUAUAAUAAACACUAAACCCAAUGGAUAAACACUAAAUCCUAAACCCGAAGAUAAAUCCUACUCCAAGAGGUGAACCUUAAUCUUAUAUCCAAAAGAUAAACCUAAAUCCAAACCAUAUGUUAAACACUAAAUCGAAAGGAAAUAUAAUAAACCCUAAACCCAAAGAUAAAUCCUAUAUCAAAAGGGAAACCUUAACUUUAAAUGCUAAACCCUAAACCCAAAAGAUAACUCUAUACACAAACCCCAUAUGAUAAACACUAAAUCCAAAAAGGAUAAACCCUAAACCAAAAAUAAACUCCAUUCCAAAGGGUGAACGCUAACCAUGUAUCCAAAGGAUAAACCCUAAACACCAAAUUGUAAAGUUUAAUCCCAUAGUAAUAUAAAUCCUAAACAAUAAAUCACAACAACCAUUAAAAGGGUAAAAAUAAUAAUAUCCAGUUAACAUAUAUAUUGGACGACUAAUACUGCUUUAAACUUGAAUGAUAUAACACAUAAGCUACAUUAAUCAGAUUGUUCAUAUCCAAUAUGUUAAGUAAUGUAUACUAGAUAUCCGGAAAUCAAUAUUGUUAGUUGUUUUUUUUGAUUAGUGAUCAGUUAUCACUACAGAUAUUAACCCAAAGAUUGUUUGAGUAGAUAAUGUGAUGUUUGAUGAAUCACUCAAAGCGAAUAAGACAUGUAACACAAUUGGGUUCAGAAACUUUUAACUGGCUAACACACAUUUUCAAUUAUAUGAUGAGGAGAUAAUGUUGUGUUACAUGUAUAAUCUUUGGUUUGGGAUCUAUAAUUAAUACCCGACCAUUGAUCAAAAAACUAACUAACAAUAAUGAUAUCCGGAUAAUUUGGGUUAUCUGGGUUUAGACCUGAGGUUUUAUCAUUUGGGUUUAGUGUUUUCUUUUAGGUUUGAGUUUAGUUUUUAGCGUUUAUCUUAUGAAUUUGGGUUUAGGGUUUAUCCAUUGAGCUUAAUAUUUAUCAUUUGGGUUUAGGGUUUAAAGUUAGAGUUUAAGGUUUAGGGUUUACGGUUUGAGUUUAGGAUUUAAGUUUAUCCCUUGGAUUUAGCAUUUAAGGCUUAAGGUUUAUAGUGAGGAGGCAUGCAUUCAGUUAAACAUAAUAUUAACUCUCCCACAUGCAAUUGACAUGGUUGUUAGAUGGAUAAAACUUUAUAAGAACAUCUAAUCUUAAUAUCUAACACUACUAAAAGCAAAAUAAGAAGAGCAUACAGGCUAUCCACGUCGGAUUUUUUAUUUGGCCAAUCAGGUUCUUUUUUUUUUACACGUCAGACUCGGGUUUGCCUUUUGCCCGAAGUCGAGUAAGAGAUUUCGUGGGCUUCUGAUUUCUCUUUGGGCUUUAAGUUUGAUUCGGGCUUCUUUGUGUUUUUUGUGUAUCGCGAGGAGAAUCAUUUAGGUGAGCCGACAUCUAAACGAGAAGCUUCUCCUCACCAUUACCGCUUCGUGUUCUUCGAUCAAAAAGAGAACCGUAGAUUCCAUCGAUUCAAUCCUAAGCUAUCAAUAGUUCCGUUUCGAUCAAUCAAUACCCCUUCAUUAUGAUUUCUUUUCACCUCCCUCUUUUCCUCCUCUUAUAUAAUUGAUCUUCCUUCUCCGUAGAAUGCAAAACCCUAGAAAAACUCAGAUCUCAAGAUAUGGCGAUGAAACGAAAUGGAAAGUCUCCUGCGUCUUCCGAGUCUGACGAAUCAGUGAUGUUCUUCAGAGAUGUCUCUCUCGGUCCCCAUGAAACCCGGUUGCGAUUCCGACUCAUCCAUUUCUGGGAGGCUCAGAACCCGGUGAAGAAGACCCUUAUUGGUCUGGAAAUGCUUCUCAUCGACGAGCAGGGAACUGUCAUUCAAGGAUUCAUCCCACCAGGUCGUAUUAAGAAAUACCUGCCUGAGAUGAAGCGAGGUUCAGUUUACGAACUCAUCAACUUCUACGGAUCGAAGAACAAACCGAUGUAUCGGGUUGCUGAUCAUAUCGCAACCGUGUCCUUCGCAUGGAACUCUGAGUUGUCGGUUCUUCACGACAUUCCAAUCCCUUUUGAUGAAGACCGUUUCAGGAUGCAUUCGUAUGAGGAUUUUGAGGCCAACUGUGAUCUCAAAGGUGACCUCUACGAUGUUCUUGGCCACAUGAAGCUGGUUGAUGGACAGGCUCUUACCGAGCGUCCCACCAUUGAUGAAGCGAAGCUCGCUACCACUCGGCACAUUAUGGUUCACGUGCAAUCACAUGAAGGACCUGUUAUGAAGCUUUACCUCUGGGACCAGGCAGCAACGGACUUCUGCAAGAAGUUUAAGUCCUAUGAAAACACUCCCACAGUUCUUUUGGUCACAGCUGUUAACACUAAACGUCUCGGAGGUAACCUGGCACUGAGUUCUAUGUCUCCCACACGGGUUUUCAUGGACUAUGAUGUGCAACCAACAAUUGAUUACUUCGCGUGGCUCUCCUCGAACCCAGAGAUUGCUAAGCAGGUUAGUGCAGAGGUGGUCACUAAGCGGGAGACGAUGACCAUAUCUGACAUCUUCUCCUACAUGACUCUGGAAUCUGCAAAGGAUGCCUUUUUUGAGUGCACUGCCACGAUUGAUGAUGUGGUUCAUGGAUCUGCUUGGUACUAUAUUGCAUGCACUGGGUGUCAUAGUAAGGCUACCAAAGGCGCAAAUUCAUUGAUUUGCACGAACCCAAGAUGUGUGAAGGAUACCACAGCUGGAGUUGCACAGUACCGUGCAAAGAUUUCGGUCUAUGACAGCAGUGAACAAGGUUUCUUUGUCCUGCUUGGUGAUGCUGGUUUUCAGUUGACUGGGAGGCAUGCAUCUGAGUUGGUCAGCAGCUACUUUGAGGCCAAUAAAGACAAAGGUCCUGACCAUGAAGUGCCUGUCCCGGAAGCUCUGAUCAGCAUAGUCGGACAGACCCAUAAGUUCUGUGUAAAAGUUACAGACCACAACUUCUCUGGCAACACCCGAGCAAUCACUGUGACCAAGAUCCUCCCUCCGGAGACAUCAUCACCCACAAAAGGCUCCGUUGAUAACGCUAUUGCUGCAACAUCCAUGGAAGCAGUGCAGACUGGAAGUGAAGUGUGUGGGCCUUCAAAAAGCCGUGGAGAUUCUGCAGAUGAAGAGAGUAAGAGAACGUUUGACAGUGUUGAUCCAGAGAAAGUCAAACGGGCAAGGUGUGAGAAAUAAUGAUUCAGUUCGAUAAUUCUUAAGUCUUUGCAUUGAACUUCAAGUACUAUGUUGGUUUUUGCAAGUUUGCUUCAGUUUGGUACUAUUUUGGUUUUUAACAACACUUUGCUUUGUUUCUUUUCAUUUCAAACUUUGGAUUUUAAUCGAUUAAACUAUCCUUCCUAUAUAGUUUACUCAGAUCAAUUGUUUUCAUGUUUAAAUUCCUUUAUAUACACCAACUGAUUUGGCCUCA